UCAACCGUUUGUUUUAUUUAUUUGUUUUAUGCUUUCUUGAGUUAAAAAAAAGUCUUCUUUUGAUUUUGUUGACAUCAGCUUUUGAAGUUUGAUUGAGUUGUUGUCUUUGUGAUAACUUGUGUUGGUUAAAACUUGAAAGUAUUGUCUUCUAAAUCGAACCAGGAAGCAAAGCGGACAGGACUGCCUUUUUGGGUCGGAUCGUAAUAUAUAUUAUAAACAGAUUUUAGUAUUUCUCGAUAUUUAUUUUAAGAUGUUGCUUGCUAAUUCUUUGCUUGUAAACGUCUCUUUCUCAACUUUUCCCUAUGUGUUAAACAGAAAACAAAUCGGUUAAUAUAGAUUGGAAAUGUAGUAUUCCAAUAUUAAAUCUUCUAAAAUUAGAUCUCAUGCGAUUAUGUUCUUUUGGUUUUUUUCUUUGGUUUAAAGAUAUGACUGAACAUUUUACUUCUCUUGAAGGCACCUUUGAUUCCUUAAGAAAUCUAGAUUCUUAUUUUCUCAUUUAAUUAGGUUCUCUUGUAACAAGUAAACACAACACCUCUCGAUCAUAUUGGUCAUCAUAUUUAGAGACUUAUGUACCACAAAAUAUAAGGUUUCUUCUUAAGGUGGUGUGAUGAUCUAGAUUCUUUCUUCCCUUUAUAUAAAAUUUUGCUUGUUCAAACUUUGGGUUUAAGAAAUGAGAACUCAAUUUUGGGUUUUUCUACUUUUUCUGCUUCUACUGAACUUCUUUUGCCAAGCGGCAAGGCCAGUGAUGACGAUCAGGUCAGAGUCACUAGUAGGGCCACAAGGGAACACAACGUUCUUGGAGGGAACAACAUGGUGUGUGGCUCGACCAGGUGCGUCUCAAGCUGAGCUACAGAGAGCUCUAGAUUGGGCAUGUGGGAUUGGGAGAGUGGAUUGCUCGGUCAUUGAGAGACAUGGUGAUUGUUACGAACCAGACACGAUCGUGUCGCACGCAUCGUUUGCGUUUAAUGCAUAUUACCAAACCAAUGGGAACAAUCGCAUUGCUUGUUACUUCGGUGGAACAGCUACACUCACCAAGAUUAACCCUAGCUACGGAAAAUGCUCCUAUGAUGUAUCCAAAUCAGAAGUCUCCGCGGCAAGAUCUCUAUCGAAGGAUAAACCUCGGUGGCUCAUGCUGAUGUACUUGUACAUCGGAAUUGUAUUGCUUAUUAGUUGGAGAGGCUAACACCUUUGCCGAAAACGUAGAAAUAUGAAUAUCAGUUGUGCGGGAAUCUUUAUUCUUGAGCUAAAUUUUCAAACCUUUUGGUUAUUGUAGCAGUUAAGCUUUGUUUUUGUUCUUACCUUUGUUCAUGGGUUUAGAAUCUUAAAGCCUUAGAGCC